AUGGAGCAGGAGGAGGCGUGCUCGUCUUACUGCUCCUCUUCGCUGCGCCAGUGCAGGAUUUGCCAUGACGAGGAGGACGAGCGGCGCUCCACCAUGGAGUCGCCCUGCGCCUGCUCCGGCUCCCUCAAGUACGCUCACAGGGGAUGCGUGCAGAGAUGGUGCGACGAGAAGGGCAGCACCAUCUGCGAGGUUUGCCUUCAGAACUUUGAGCCGGGCUACACCAUUCCUCCCAAGAAAAGCCAACCUGCUGAUGUCGCGGUGACCAUCAGAGACAGCGUGGAGGUGCCCAGGCUGCAGUACGAGCCCGAGGAGGAUGACGCGGCGUUGAUCGGAGCCAGCGAUCCGGAGUACGCCGAGUGCGCCCGCGCCGCCGGCAGGAGCGCGUCCUGGUGCCGCUCCGUGGCCGUCACGUUCACGAUCGUCCUGCUGCUCAGGCACCUGGUCACCGUGGUGACGGUCGGAGCAGCCAACCAGUUCGCCAUCAGCCUCCUCACAGUAUACUUGCUGCGGGCGAGCGGGAUCUUGCUUCCGUUCUACGUUGUCAUGAGGCUCAUCUCCGUGAUCCAGCAGGGACAGAGGCAGUACCGCUUGCAGCUGCUCCAGGAGCAGAGGAGACACGCGUUGAGAUUGGCCCGGCUGCACGGCCUUCAGGGUGAACGCCUGAACGGGAAGCACGCAAAGAAAAGCAUUGUUUACAAGCCACAAGCUUAUGUACUACCUCAUCGUGGCAUUUCUAAAAACCUGAAAAAAAAUCUUGCCAAAAAGAUCAACAUAUAUAAAUUUGUAAAAAGAAAAAGGGAAAGAAAGCUGGCGCAAUGUUGGAUUUACCGAUCGCCUCCAUCUCCCCCUUUAUAUGAAUGCACUGACGUCGUACUACCACCGCAGAACGUAUAA